AUGUACUCCAAGUCAAUUGUCGCCACGGCCCUGCUUGCAGGUGCCGCUUACGCUGCUCCUGCUGCCACCGUCACUCAGAUCUCCGACGGCCAGAUCCAGGCACCUUCGACUGCUGGUGCUUCCAAGGCUUCCAUGGCCGCUGGCUCUGCCAUGGCCUCUGGUUCUUCCAUGGCCUCCCAGGGCGUCUACGCUUCCCAGGCUUCGUCUGAGUAUGGCAGCCAGGUUGCUGGCUACACCGGUGCCAACGCCCCUUACAAGUCCGACUCUCCUUCCGUCGACCUUGCCAACGUUGCCACCAAGUUCGGUCCUGACUCUGCAGUCAACGCCAUCUACACUACUGCACCAACUGGUACCCAGUCUGGCGCUGCUGCCCCUCUCCGUAGCAGCUUGGUCACUGGCUCGACUACCCACGGCCCUUACGAGGGUGUUCCUACCACCGUCGGUGCUGUCACCACUGCCACCCUCGGUCUGACCGUUGGCACUCUUCCCCUCAACCCUACUGCCACUUACUACAACACCAAUGGCAAGCUCCAGAACCCUGAGCCUGCUCCUUACACCCCUGCUGGUGGCCUUGGUACCAACGGCAGUCUCCCCCGCUACAUGGUUGAGUCUGACUUCGACUACGAAUCCAUCACCCUUGGUCUCUAUCAGGAGUGGAUUGAGCUCGAUCUCUUCAACAACGGUCUCGCCACCUUCUCUGAGGAGGACUUCAUUGCUGCCGGUCUCACUGCUGAGGACCGUGAGCUCAUCCGCUACAUGGCCCAGCAAGAGGAGGGUCACGCUACUCUUCUCACAAACAUGCUCGGUCACACCGCACCUGCUCAGUGCACCUACAACUACCCCUUCACCACUGUCCGUGAGUUCGUCGACUUCAACCAGAAGCUCACUCGCUUCGGUGAGUCUGGUGUCUGGGGUUUCAUCAACCACCUCGACAGCCGCGAGGUUGGUCAGCUUCUUGCCCAGUCCAUUGCCACUGAGGCCCGUCAGCAGAUGGCUUUCCGCCAGAUGAGCGGUCUCUUCCCCAUGAACGUCUACUUUGAGACUGGUAUUCCUCAGUCCUGGUCUUGGUCCCUCCUCGCUCCUUACAUCUCUUCAUGCCCCGAGAACAACACCCGUCUCGCAUGGCAGAACUUCCCCGCCCUCCACAUCGUCAAUCAGCCCAACAUCAACCGCUUCUCUCCCAACGACACCGCCGACUACGAGGUCACCGGUAACCGCACUUCCGACCCCGCCAUCUCCACCAUUCCCGAGGAUGAGAGCUGCCAGCACUUGAACGUCACUGGUUACGGCUGUGGUCCCGCUAUCUCCCGCAACCGCUCCGAGCCUCUUUCCUUCCCUGGCAAGCAGGUCAACUUCACCUGGGAUGCUCCCGGUCUUGCUGUCGGCCCCAACAACAGCUACGUCACUGCUGUCAACCCCAUUGCUGGCGAGCCUCAGUACGUUGCUUGGGCCGCUCAGCUUAACCUGACCUACACUCCUCUCAUCAAGACCUCGCCCAACUCUGGUUACACCUACCAGCCCGCUGCCAUGAACUACGGCGGUGGUGAGGGUAUCGUCAACGGCACCAUGUUCGUUGCUCUUACCGACACCGACAUGUUCCUCACUCCCUUCAACCUCUCCAUGAUCAACCCUCACGUCAUCGCUCUCGGUAUCUACCAGAGCGGUUAA